AUGCGAAAGAUGGCUUCUCUAGAUAUCAACAAUCAAAUGCCUCGUUGUGAAGACUCUAGUUCAAAAGGCCUUGCAUUUGAUGCCGUUUAUUCGCUAAAGAGGAUUCUAUUGGGCUGUCCAGAACUUCCGUUUGACAUGGUUUCUGGCUCUUCCUUGCCCUUUGAAUGCAAUUUGGAUGUUUUCAACUUUAAGCUGACCAUCCGGACCAAACAUCAGGGGGUCAUUCGGCGAAGAUACAUUCCCGUAAAGCUUCUCUCUGAUCCGGCACACGAAUUGUCAGUACCAGCUUCGCUUUGCGAUCAUGACUUGUGUAUAUAUUUAAAUGGAGAGCCCAGCAAAUGUUACAAUGCAUUUUCUUCUCCCAUCGAGUUCAAAGGAGGAAGAUUGGUGUCUUUGCUGGGAUCGAUCGGACUGGCCAGGAUGAGCCUUAACGAAGUUGAAAAUGCGGAUCCCAUAUGGCCGAUUCUCGUCAACGGCGAGAAGCGGUAUGUCAAGCCCAUCUUACAGCAUGUCAAAAGAUCAAACGUUUAUUGCAAAUAA